UUAUUACUUACAAAAGUAAUUAGCUAGACUAAGAUCAAGAGUAUGUAAGCAUAUACUCCCUAUAUAUAUAGUUAAUUAAGGAAGUGAAGUGAGUUAAACACUUAGGACAGUUACGAGUAUAGAGCUCUAUCGAGGGAUCGGAGUAGCCUACCCGAGUGUUGAUUUGGCUAUAUCUAUCGUACCCUCUAUUGCUCUAACUAAUACACAAUGUCGUAAAAUGUCCUAAACGAGAUGAAAAGGUAGCUUAGCCAACAUUUUUCUGGGCAUCGUUUAAAGGUACUCUUGGGUUUUUUUGGAAUGGCUGGUAGAAUCAAGGAUGUGGAAACCUCACUACGACAACAACUCGGAUCUUUGGCUCGAUCUUCCUCAAAGCAUUGCAUUUACAGGGUGCCUGAUAAUUUACUUAAGGUAAAAAGAGAAUGUUACAACCCUUUAGUUGUUUCCAUUGGUCCUUUAUACUAUAAGAAUCGAACCCUAAAAUCUUCCCAUGAGCUAAAAUUGAGGCACCUUGAAUGCUUCCUAGAGUUUUGUAACUAUACAAAUGGCAACAAUAAUGCUACAUCCUUGGGUGAAUUCAUUGAUAUAAUUAGAGAGUGUGAGGAGGAAGCGCGUUCCUAUUAUGCUGAAAAAAUAACUCUUUCUAGUGAUGAAUUUGUUGAGAUGGUAAUGGUUGAUGCUACAUUUAUCAUCUUCUUAUUUAUGGAAUUUUCCGAUCAAUUUUCACUCGGUCCUCAUCCUAUGGAGAACAAGUACGACGUGAUGCUUCAAGUGCACCAAGAUUUAUUUUUAGAAGAAAAUCAAUUACCCUUUUUCAUUCUCAACCAUCUAUACGAUGUAGCAUUUGGUGAAGCCUAUCCCGAUAUUUCCUUCAAGGAUAUUACUUGUAAUUUCAUAGGCUUUAGUUUUUUCCCGGGAAGAGAAGUUGCACGUAGUGCAAUAGGUAAAGAAAAGUUAAUGAAAGUACCAAAAAUUAUGCACCUUGUUGAUUUCCUAAGGACUUGUUGCUUACCUACAAAACUUCGUUACCAAUUGCCCGAGUAUACCAAUGGUGUAGAUUCUGAUGAACUUCCUUUAACUGCCAAGGAAUUAAAGACAUUAGGAGUUAAGUUUAUGGCAAGUGAAAGUAAGACUUUACUUGAUAUUACAUUUUCAAAGGGAGUUUUGCAUAUUCCGACAUUGAUAAUUCAAGAUACUACCGAAUCAACUCUUAGAAGCAUUGUAUUUUUCGAGCAAUGUCACCAUUUUUGUGAUUCUUAUGUUAUCGACUACUUAUUCUUCCUCGAUGCAUUGAUUCACACCCAAGAAGACGUGCAAAUUCUUGUUCAACAUGGAAUAAUUAAGCAUUUUUUUGGGAGUAACGACGAGGUGGCUAAUCUCUUUAAUCGAAUUACCAAGAACUUAAGUAUGAGAAACCCGGGCUUCUAUUACGCUCAAGUUUGUCAAGAUUUGAAUGCAUAUCUUAUCAAGACGAAGAAGAAUAAAUGGAAGGCUCUGAUGUCUAAGAAAGACUGUUUCGACUAUCCAUGGUCAAUCAUGGUGGUUUUUAUUCUCUUAGCAUUACAAGUUUAUAGUAAUUUUAUUAAUUAAAAUUGUAGUUAUAUCUUGAUUUCAACAUGGCACUCGAUAUUGUAUUGACCAAUAAUAUGAGGGCUAUCCAAUUAGCUUAUAAAUCCAAGCCAAAUCUAGCCACUCAUAUAGUCAUCAUAUGAUGUACUUCGUAUUAUCUUUUAAUCUUUGUUGCUCUAAUAAUGUAUGUCUUUUUCACUAAAUUGUAUUAUCUAUUUUUGUUUUGAUCUUCA